GGUUCAUCAGUGCGUAGUGCGUACUGUAGAAGUUCUGUUAAUGCAAUUUAUGUGACUGUUUGUCAGCAAGGUAUUUGCCUCCAGGAUUGUCCACAUAGGAUAUCGACGCCAUCGCCAUCGGCCGUGUUGUUGAGUUCAUCGGGCACCUGUGUCACGUUAGAUACAAGCAGUAUUAGACCCGGAUCAUCACCUGGAUCACAAUCCUAUUUAUUUCGUAAUAACCCCCUGUGUUAUAUCACACCGUCUGUUAUACCCAUUGUCGGGUCAAAUGGAGCUUUUACUCUGACGGUCUGGUUGAGAUUGGACACACCUACCACUGGAACAAUCAUUGAAAAGAAGACGACCAAUAAUGAGAUUAUCUUCGCUGUCAUGGUGUCAACUACAACUAUCAACUUUGAUUAUAGAACUGCCUCUGGUCUGAAGACUCUGACAGUAGCAAGAGGUCUGAGUCUGAGUACAUGGCAGAACUUGGCAAUACAGAUUUAUGAUGCUAAAAUCAGUGUUUUCAUCAAUGGUCUUGAAUCCGAUGGAAGUCCUUACGAUACACAGACUUUGAUGGGACCUAUCGUAGAUUCCAAUAGUGCCACCAUUAGAGUUGGACAAAGAUUGAAUGGUGCCUCUCAAUACAUUGGUCGAAUGCAAGAAUUUCAAUUCUAUAGCCUGACAUUAACAAACAGAGAGAUUCACUUUAUUGCCACCGGUACUUGGUUAUCUGUCCAUGUGCAGUCUGAAUGUCGUUGUCCAGACAGCCAUCCAAGGGUCAAUCCUACUGAUUCACGUUUCUGCAUCAAGAACGAUGAACCUGAUACCACAAGCAAUGCUGAAUGGCGAGUUAAUCAGUUUGCACAUCCGUUAACAUUCGCCAACGAUGGGGAUCUUAGCAGUUACUGGAUAUCAGCUUUUCUUGAUGACAUCACUAUUGUUAUUGACCUGAAUAAUGGACAGUACCAGGUAUUCUAUGUAGUACUACAGUUUUACAGUCCACAGCCUACGGCGUUAACGAUACAAAGGAAGAAGAGUGAUGCGUUGUCAUGGGAAGACUGGCAGUAUUUAGCGCAAGACUGUUUAUCUCAGUUUGGUCUUCCCAAUGAUGGACCAUUACUGCAGUCUACAUCAGUAAAUUGUUUGCAGUUUACAGGGUAUAUCCCAUAUUCCAAAGGUAACAUCACCUUUCAGCUACUUGCACCAGAACCAGUGGCUCGUCCCGGAUACAAUGAUUUCUAUAAUACUCCAGAACUGUUAGAGUUUGUCAAAGCUACGCAGAUUAGACUACGACUGCAAGGACAUUACUAUGUGACCAAUCCCAGACAUAACUAUUUUGGAAUAGAAGAAAUUACUGUCAGUGCGAGGUGUAAUUGUCAUGGACACGGCAGUACAUGCGAUAUGAGCACAAACCCCUACCAAUGUGAUUGCUUGGCAGACAGUUAUACCGAGGGAACUAUGUGUGAACGUUGUAAACCGCUAUACAAUGACAAACCAUUUCGUUAUGGAGACCAAGUCAAUGCUUACAACUGCAAACCGUGUGAGUGUUAUGGACAUGCAACAAGUUGUUCUUAUAUUGAAUCUGAAGAUCCGUUUCCUAAUGAUCAUAACCGAGGUGGUGGUGGCGUCUGCACUAACUGUCAACAUAACACUGCUGGUAAUCGAUGCGAUCAGUGUAAGACGAAUUAUUACCGAGAACUAGGGAAGUCACUUGAUGCGAUAGACGUGUGUUCAGCAUGCAGCUGUAAUAUUGCUGGUGUAGUUGACGGUGGAGAUUGUGCUAAGGUGGGAGGGCAGUGUAACUGCAAACUGUACGUUACCGGUCGUCAGUGCGACACUUGUAAGACUGGAUAUUAUAAUCUUCAGUCCUCCAAUGUUAAUGGAUGUUCAUCUUGUGUGUGUAGUCCAGCAGGCUCUAUUGGAUCUGGUUCAUGUCAGCAGAAUACUGGUGACUGUGUUUGUAAAACCAAUGUUAUAGGAAUUAACUGCAAUCAGUGUAACUAUGGUUACAAAAACCUGGAUAUUAAUAACCCACUUGGCUGUGACCCGUGUAACUGUGACCCAUUUGGUUCUACCAGUCAAUACUGUGAUCCAGUGAGUGGUCAAUGUCAAUGUCAACUAACAACCAUGGGAUUACAGUGUAAUUCAUGUAAAGAUAAUUACUAUGGAUUGGAUAGUGGUGGUUGUAAGCCAUGUGAUUGUGAUCCUAGUGGGAGUCUGCCUGGUAUAACAUGUGACCAAGUUACUGGACAGUGUGUUUGUAAAGCUAAUGUACAGGGUACUAAAUGUAACGAAUGUAAAGAUGACUACCACAGUCUACUGAGCAGCAAUGGUGAUGGCUGCAUGCCAUGUGGUUGUAAUACUGAUGGUACAUUGGCUGGAUCCACUGUGUGUGAUAAAUCAACUGCCCAGUGUCCAUGUAAACCACUGGUACAGGGAAUGACAUGUAAUCAGUGCCAGGGUAAUAGCUGGGGAUUGAGUGUGUCUAAUCCUGAUGGUUGCCAGGCGUGUAACUGUGAUGCAUCAGGUACUUUAUUUGGUGAUCAGGUGUCACCCACUGAUCUGGUAUGUGAUCAAAACAGUGGACAAUGUGCAUGUUUGACUGGUCGAGAAGGAAGACAGUGUAAUAGCUGUAGUUCAGGUUAUUAUUUACCCGAUAACAAUGGCCGUGGUUGCUUGCUGUGUGCCUGUCAUCCGAUAGCCACACUACCGGGCACCACAUGUAGCAGUACAGGUGGGCAGUGUGUAUGUAAAGGUAAUGGUGCUGGUGUGUCUGGAAGGCAGUGUAACACAUGUCUAACUGGAUAUUAUAAUUUCAAUGAUGCAACUGGGACAUGUACCUCAUGUAAUUGUAAUAUUGCUGGCAGUGUGGGUACAGGGUGUGAUGUCAACUCUGGUGUCUGUCAGUGUAAGCAGUAUGUCAUGGGAGUCAAGUGUGAUACUUGUAUACCAGGAAGUAGCAAUCUGGAUGCUGGAAAUCCUUAUGGCUGUACAAAAUCUCCAUCACAACAGCCAGCUCCUACUUGGGAAGCAUUGAGUCCAUAUUCUAUUAAGCUAACAUGGGAACCACCUGAUGAACCGAAUGGUGCUAUACAAUCUUACAGUCUGUUCAGAGAUGAUGUCUUAUUGUUUCAAGGAAUUACGAAUUCUGACCCACUUGUGACCCAGGAAUACAUAGAUACACAGAAUAUCCAACCAUACACAGAGUAUAUUUACUAUAUUGUGACUGCCAACACCGCUGGUUCAACUCAGAGUCCAUCAGUCACAGCAAGAACACCUGAUAACAUUCCUAAUGGUUUUGAUAUACUGAUUGUCAGUAACAUACAAGCUAGAUCAGCUGAUUUUACAUGGUCUAGACCCAAUGAUGUAAAUGGUCCAAUCUUAAGUUAUACACUGAGCUCAGUUUCACUUAGCGAGCCUGAUUUCCCCGUUGAAUAUUACAACGGUCUAAAUACCUACGUGCAGGUAUCAACACUUAUCCCGUUCACCAAUUAUACCUUCACAUUGACUGUCUGCAUUGACAGUGGAUGUGGUACUGGUGUACCGGUGAUAGUCAUCACACCACAAGCAGCUCCUCAAAUGCAACUGCCACCGAUAGCUACGCCAUUAAGCUCUACUGAAAUAUUUGUGUUGUGGCAACCUCCAAUGGCACCUAAUGGUGUCAUCACACACUAUGAGUUAUUCAUGAGAGGUGCCCUUGGUCCUGAUGGCACCAGAGACCCAGAGGAAAGUCGUAUAUUUUUUCCUGCUGGAUGGUACAAUCCAAGACCUACUCUGAGUCCUCUAGAUGAUCCAGUUGACCCACCAGCUACACAGUACACAGUUGAGGAUCUGUCACCCUACACACAGUAUGAAUUCAAAGUGGCAUCUAGGAAUUCAGUCGGCUCUACAGAAAGUGCUUGGAGUAUUGCCACUACUCUAGAAGCAGCACCUUUAUCAAUGCCAACUCCUGUGAUAUUGACUGUGUCAAGUAGUACACUAAGUGUUACAUGGCAGAAACCAAGUAAUGAUCAAAGUCAAGGUCUUAUUACUGUCUAUAAUGUCUAUUGGAUGAUGUCCAACACUGAUCCAUUUGGUCCACCAAUGAUUCCACAGUUAUUGUACAGUGCUACUGGUGAUGAGUUCAGUUAUCUGGCUGGCGGCUUUGAACCAUUUAGUACACAGACAUUUUACAUUGAAUCUUGUAAUAGUGUAGGAUGUGUGUCCAGUUCUACUGCGAGUGGACAGACAUUACCUGCUGCUCCAUCAAAUCAGAAUUCACCAUCUGUAGAAGGUUACAAUUCUACCACAAUGUACAUCAGUUGGAUACCUCCAUCUUUAUUGAAUGGACCAGCACCUAGUUAUCAACUACAGAGAACUAUGGCAUCGUUUAGUAUACCGCCACCCAGAGUUACAGAAGGGAGACGUUUUCCCGGUGGUGGAUAUUAUUUCUUUCCAAGUGGUACAAUACCAUCCUCAUCUUACACUGGUAUUGAACUUGACUUUCGAACUCAGCGACCCAGUCCUGCCAGUGCUCCCCUGGAUGCAUUGCUUUUAUUCGCUGUAUCUGACGGGCAACAAGAAGAGUACAUUGUGAUUCAACUCAGAAGUGGCCGGCCUUGGUUUUUGAUGGAUCCACAAGGUGGAGCUGUUGCCAUAACAACAUUCAAUGAUGCAGGUAAAAUGUAUGAUGAUGGAGAAUGGCAUCAUAUAUUAGUUUUGAGAAAUGGAAAUUUUGGUUCUAUCACAGUGGAUGAACAAUAUACAGGUGCUGGCACAUCAUCCACGUCAUCUCAAGUGAUUGGAGAAACAAUCGGUGUCUACAUGGGAGGUCUACCUAACGAAUUUGUGAUUAUCAGAUCGGAUUCUGGAAACACUGAAGUGGUUCGACAAGGUUUUGUUGGGUGUAUGCGCAAUGUGAGAAUCAAGAAACAGCACACGCCCACUGAGGUGUGGGAGGAUUUGGAUUGGAACACAGCUGUAUCAAGUUCCCAUGUAUUUCCAACAAUGGAAGGAUGUCCAGCACAAUUGCAACCUGGCAUUCAGUUUCUAGGGAGAGGUUAUGCUGUUCUGUCAUCUACUUACUUCACGGGAGGGUUCAGUUUUUCCAUCAGUUUUGAUUUCCGAACUGAAAUUAAUUCUGGACUACUCAUAACUGCAACUGGUACUAAUGGAGCUUACAUCUUGAUUCAACUCAUUGAUGGCAACUUGCAGUUCCAGAUAUAUACUGAUAUUGGUGUGUCAGCUUCUGUGGCAUUGAUGGAUUCAUCAAACUCUCUCUGCAAUGGACAAUGGCAGAGUGUAACAUUCAGCAAAACUACCACCCAGUUGUCAAUCACUGUACUCAAUGUUGCAUCAGAAACAAAUCAAGUUACAACAGAUAACCUGCAGAUAUCAUCCAGUCUCAACAUUGGAGGUGUGUCUGACCAAUCAGAUACAGGUAGAAUCCUCAGUAAUGCAGGAAUAACAGUGCAGUCUGGUUAUGGUGGCUGUCUGAAGAACCUUCGCAUCAACAGUGGAACUGCCAUUGAUUUCAUGAAGGAUGUAACAGAGAUAGUGAAUGUGAAUUUAGAUGGAUGUCCUCCGACUGUGUCAUCUCAGUCAACGUGUACAGACCCACAGAUAACUACCAUCUAUCAGGGAGUUACCAAUUCAUAUUAUGACACAGGAUUACAAGUCUACACUGAAUAUAUUUACCGUGUGAUAUCAAGUAAUGACCAAGGAAGUGCUACCAGUGAAUGGAGCAGUGGAAGAACAUUGGAAGGAGCACCGACUGGUAUCUCGGCACCGAAUGACCCAAUAUCACCUGAUGGUUACACCAUUGAAGUACGCUGGCAGCAGUCAGGUGGUAAUACAGGUCUUAUUACACAAUAUAUACUAUCAGCAUAUAAUCUAGAUAGUGCAUCAGAAGACCCAAUCACUGCUGUAUAUACUGAUACCACACAGUUGGAAUAUGUUGGUAACAUUACUGGAGUUAUACCAUAUACAAAUUAUAGAGUGACUGUGACAGCCUGUACUGCUGGUGGAUGUACAGAAAGUGAUAGUGUGUUUAUACAAACCAGUGAGGAAGAACCAGAAGGAGUUAAUCCUCCUGUAGCAACAGAAAAAAUGUCAACGUCCUUGAAACUAAGUUGGUCUGAACCAUAUCGUCCUAAUGGAAUCAUUACUGGAUAUGCUUUAUACAUGGAGAAUUCUGUCAUAUAUAGUGGUAACCUUAUGACCUAUACACAAACAGGUCUCAGUACAUUCACUAGUUAUCAGUUUAAACUCACUGCAUGUACUGUGGUUGGCUGUACAGAUAGUGAUGUUGUCUCCAUAUCCACUGGGCAGUUACCACCCAGCUCAAUUGAUGCACCGACUAUUUAUGUGGAAGGACCGAGAACCAUUGAAGUUGAGUGGAAUCCACCGAACCAAAUGAAUGGUAUAUUAGAGAACUAUGUACUCUAUGUUUCCAUCGAUGCCAGUGAAUUUGGGGAUGUUGUGUAUAACUCUACAGCUACUGUUAUAACGUCAUAUACACUUAAUGACCUCAUGCCAGGAACUACAUACUUUAUUAGAAUAGCGGCAUGCAAUGGAGGUGGUUGCAUCACCAGCAGUGCAAGCAUAGCAACUACACAUGAAGAUCCUCCACAGGGGGUGCCAGCACCUUCUGUAAUAGCAUUGUCGCCCUAUUCUCUCUAUGUUAGCUGGACUCAACCAGAUCAGCCAAAUGGAGUAAUAACCAGCUACUCCCUAUACCAGAAUGGAAUAGUCAUACAAACAGGUCUGUUAACGACAUAUACAGUCUUGGGUUUAACUCCAUGGAGUUUACACACUUUCCGCGUUGAGGCGUGUACAACAUCAGGAUGUACUGUCGGCUCCGCAACUGAGGCCCGUACUCAGGAGUCCCCACCUGUUGGAGAUAUUACAUUCCAAGUGAACGUCAUCGAUGCCUAUAGUGUCAGUGCUUACUGGACGUCACCAAGCCAGCCAAAUGGAAGGAUCAUAUAUGAGGCCAUGUUUACUGGUAUAUUCUAUGUAUCUCCAGAUACUGGUGACUAUACCAUAGAACAAGACACCAGAAUUCUGUACAAUGGCACAGAAGCUGAAACUGAUAUAGUUAUAACUGGAGUAGUCCCAUUUACAAAUUAUAAUGCACAAGUGAAGGCAUCUAACACUAUGGGGAUGUUGAUGAGUAAUGUACAAUCAUUCAACAUGCCUGCUGCAGCUCCUGAUGGUGUUCUGCCACCAAAUCUUACACCACUGAGCCCCACAUCUAUCCAGGUCACAUGGCAAGCACCUGCAAGAAAUAACGCUCCAGGACAGUCAGUAUACCAGGUUGUAUAUAGACCAGCACAACAACCACAACUAGAACAAAAUUUGUUCAGCUUUCCUAUCAGUUCUACAAGCUACACUCUGACUGGUUUGACUUCCUUUAUUGAGUAUGAAUUCAAACUUAUUGCCAGCAACAGCAUUGGAUCCACACACAGUGAAUGGGUAUCCACGGUUACCAAUGAAGAUAGUCCAGGUCCAAUUGAUCCUCCAAUGGCGACAAUACUUGGUCCGACCUCAAUGAUAGUGUCAUGGGAAGAACCUGCAGAACCAAACGGUGAAAUAAUUGAAGUUAAAUUAUAUCAAAACGACCUGCUGAGAAUCACUUUACCUGGUGAUACUGUCAGCUAUACACUGGAUGAUUUGGUUGCAAAUACUGCUUAUUAUUUCAAGGUAGAGGUGUGUAACUCAGCGGGAUGUACUGCAAGCGAUAACUCAUUAACCUAUACCACAAAUGCUGCAGCACCAAGUGGAAUAGCAGCACCCACCCUGUUUUCAGAAACACCUACCUCUAUUCUAAUAAGCUGGUCACCCCCACAAUAUCCAAAUGGUGUGCUCCAAAGCUAUGAACUUGAACGUCGCCUCCAGGGAUCUAACACGAUAACAACUGUCAUCAUCGUUGAUGCUUCGGCACAGCUUGCCUAUGUCGAUCAGUCGUCCAUUGCUCCUUUCACAACGUACGAAUACAGAGUCAUUGUAAAGAACAGUGCAGGUAGCACUUCCAGUGAGUGGUCGCAGAUUACAACGAAACAGGCUCAACCUUCUGGUCUUGCUACGCCAAUUGUUGAAAUUCUUAGUUCCACAUCCAUUCGUGUUGCUUGGCAACCACCUGCCCAACCCAAUGGCGAGAUCGUUAGUUACACUGUCAAGAUGCCGAACCCCAGGAUUCUGAUUGAAAAUGUGACUGUUACUGAAAUUAUUGUAGAAGAUUUGGUACCGUAUACGCAAUACACAGUUACUGUCCAAGCAUGCACUGGUGGGGGAUGUACUGAGAGCAACUCUGUUGUCAUAACAACGGACAGUGAUCUUCCUGAAGGAUUAGAUGAACCUGUAGCCACGGCAAUAACCCAGAAUUACAUAGCUGUUGUUUGGACGCCCCCAAAUCGACCUAAUGGUGAUAAUAUCAGAUAUGAAUUAUCUAGAAUGAAGAUCAGACAACCGUUGUCUACAGAUCCUAUACUUGGACUUGGAUUCUGGGAAUUGGUAUACUCAGGAACACAGACUUCAUUCCAAGAUUUAGGUCUGCCAUUAUUCACUACAUACCAGUACAGAGUGACUGUUUACAACACUGUUGGGCAGUUGACAUCUGACCCAUCAGAUGAAGUGACCACACUAGCUGGUCAACCAACAGCUUCUGGUACAUUGUCUGCUACGACCAUUGACCAUACAUCGGUAUUUUUGGAGUGGACAACACCAAGUCUAACUGAAUUACAAGGCAACGUUGUUGAAUACAUCAUAUCGUACAGUAAGACGCCCGGCGUUAUUCUUUAUGCCACCUAUCCAGCUGGUGUGGAGAGUGCUACAUUGGUUGGUCUUACUCCAAACACAUUGUAUGAAUUCAAACAAAUCAUUGAUAAUGGUGCUUAUAAUAUCACCAGUCCAUCAGCGUUUGCUCGGACGUUAUUUGGAGCUCCAGAAGGGUUUUCUCCACCCAACGUGUAUGCUAUUAAUAGUACAGCAUUUCGUGUAUCCUGGCAACCACCAGAGAGUCCCAAUGGUGAUAUAUUGAACUAUACAGUUUAUGUUGAUGAUGUGAUAAUUGAUACUGUGGAUAGUGUUAUUACAUCCUAUGUAGUAACCAAUUUACAACCGUAUACAGUGUAUGAUGUUAAGGUGGAAGUGUGUACUUCAUUUGGAUGUUAUAUGAGUGAUGUAACCAAGGCAACCACACAGGAAGCAUCACCUAAUGGAGUAGACCCACCCAAUCUACGUGUUCUAGGUUCAAUCUCUAUUGCUGUUGAUUGGCUGCCACCAUCACAGUCAAAUGGUGUACUUCAAGGCUAUGAUAUAUAUAGAAGAACUUUAGUUGCAUGUAAUACAGAACCCCAGACACCAGAUAUUUCAGACAGUAAUAGUUGUUCUUAUGUGCAGUGUCGAAUUACAGAGAGUUUAUGUGGCACCACAUGUUAUUCUGGUAAUAAGGCAUGUUGUAAUUCUAACAUUUACGAAUACCGAAGUAACUAUGAAUGCUGUAAUGAUAACUACAUUCCCAUGAGGAAUAGUGGAUCUGAUAUUUGCUGUGGAGGACAGUUUCAUAGCUUUCAAGCCGGAUACCAGUGUUGUAAUGGACAGUACCUAGCUGUACUUCCAGGACAGAUAUGUUGCAUUGACACCAAUGAGAAUAGAGCUAUAGUUGGUUAUGGUGAUGCAUGCUGUGGAGGAAUUCCAUAUACUAGUGAUGGUCCUCAGAUUUGCUGUAGAGGUAUGUUCUAUGAUGGUUACAACUCACAGUGUUGUGGUGACUCUGUUGUGAGUGACACCAUGGUUUGCUGUGAAGACACUGUUAGUGGAUCGGCCUAUGCACCGGAUAACACCAAGCAAUGCUGUGGUACUGGUUAUGUGGAGCAAUCCACUACACUUUGCUGUGAAGAUGAAACUGGCAAUAGUCAGGCUCAUUCAUACAGCAGUCUUACAGAGAAGCUUGCAUCUAAUGAGAAAUGCUGUGGUCUGGAAAAGAUCUCAGUAACUCAACAGUGCUGUAACAAUGCUGGAUACAAUCCAUCAGAAGAAGUCUGUGCUGAUAAGGGCACACUUGGUGCCCAGGAAUGCGGUACAGGCGUGGUCUGUCCAAUCAUGUAUGCAACGAGCUCGUACUGUGACAUGUGUGACUUUGAUCGUAAUAAUUACAUCUGUGGCUCAGUCUCGGGGUAUUAUGAACAAGUCCUUCCAAUUGAUCCAGGCAUUGGUGGGAAUGAUUUAUGUGCGACCACAGCACAGUUGGUUUAUUCUGCUGACAUUAAUACAUUCACUUAUAUAGAUGAUGGAUUAUCUGCAUUUACCACCUAUGAGUAUGCCAUCAUGGCUACCAACACUAUAGGAAGUGUAACAAGUGAAUACAGUAGAGCCACAACCGAGGAGUCCACGCCAGAUGGUGUACUGCCACCCCAAUGGAGUGUUAGACCGGGACAGUUAGACACUAUAUACCUGUCAUGGGUAGCACCUUCAUCACCUAAUGGUCAAAUUACAAGUUAUAUGUUGAUACGAGAUAAUAUUGAAGUGUAUCGUGGUAUGGAUAUGAGUUACACAGAUACCAGUGCUAUUCAGCCGUAUGAAGACUACCAGUAUGUGCUACGUGUGUGCACAUAUCAAGGGUGUACAGACAGUCAGCCAGUCACCGCUGCUACACUUGAAGCCCCGCCAGCUGAUGUUUUUGCCCCGGGGCUAAAUGCUAUCAGUUCAACUAGCAUUGUUAUAACUUGGCAGAUACCGGGUCAACCUAAUGGUGUCAUUACACAAUAUCAAAUAUAUCGUGAGGGAUAUACAGCACCGAUUUAUUUAUCAGAUACUAGUAGUUUUAGUUAUACGUACACAGGUCUUGACGCAUAUACUGAAUACAGUUUCAGCGUUACUGCUUGUACUGUGAUUGGUUGUACAUCAAGUGAUACAGCGUCGGUGACCACGCUACAAGCGCCACCUCAAGGCGUUGAACCACCAACACAUGUUGUUGUUAGUGCCACAACACUGGAGAUCUACUGGUAUGAGCCGACAAAACCAAACGGUGAGAUCAUCAACUAUCGUUUGUUUCGUGAUGGCGUUGAUAUCUACAAUGGUCUAAACCUGAUGUAUUCUGAUGUUGGUCUCUCACCGAAUACCAGAUACUUGUAUGCUAUUGAAGCAUCUACGAUUGCUGGUACUACAAAGAGUGUGGAUUAUAUUGUGACUACUCCCAGCAGUACACCUAUGGGAAUACCGAUACCUAGAGUUACUGUAGACAGCUCUACACAGAUUACUGCUCAAUGGGAUCCACCUGUUUACCCGUAUGGUCAGAUUAUUCAAUAUGGAGUGAUGAUAUGGAGUGGUAGACCUGAUCAGUUCAUAAAGUACGCCGGUUUAAACCUACAGGUUACUGUUGAUGGUCUUUUGCCAUAUACUCAAUAUGAUGUGCGUGUCCAGGUUUGCUUAGUAAGUGGUUGUGGAGUGGGAGCCACAGUUAUUGUCCAGACACUGGAAUCGCCACCAUUGCAGCAACUACCUCCAACAGUAAAAGCUCUAGGUUCCGCUCUGAUGGAGCUGACGUGGGACCCACCAGUUCACCCAAAUGGUGAUAUUACUAAAUAUUAUAUAUUAAGACGACUUUACGGUACAGGACAGGAACUUUUAAUCAAUAUUGUGGAUGGUGAUGUAUUGUCUUUCCUUGAUGCGAGUCCAAACCUGGAAGCAUUUACCAUGUAUGAAUACAAGAUUAGAGCAGAGAAUUCACAAGGAUCUGUUGACAGUGGUUGGGCCCAAGGGAAAACGCUAGAAUCACCACCAUCUGGAAUGGGACCACCUAACCUACAGGCACUGAGUUCAUUUUCAAUUCUUGCAACUUGGAGUGAACCGCUAUUCCCUAAUGGUGUCAUUGUUGCAUAUAGCAUUGAAUAUCAGAGGAUUAUAUAUGAUCCAACUUUGGAGUCUCCUAUUAUCAGAGUGGCUACUGUUGAUGGUGAGACCUUAGAAGCGCCAUUUUAUGGUCUGGUCCCAUUCACCAAAUACAAAGUACGUAUUGUAGCAAUGAACUCGGCUGGUGAGGGUAGUGGAACAUGGGCGGAGGUAACAACACUGGAAGGAGUGCCAUCUGGCAUUCAAUCAUUCAUUGUGGAACAGAUGACAGACGGUAGAUCUGUAUUAUUGAAAUGGAAUGAACCGACAUCUCCUAAUGGUGAUAUCACUGAGUACAAGAUAUAUGAAGUGGAUACAGCUGGGCAGAUGGUUUCUAUUUACGUCGGACUGAAUCAAGAGUAUCUUUUCAGACGCUUAGAACCUUUCACAGAUUACACACUGGUUUUAGAAGCAUGUACUAAUAUGGGAUGUUCCAGAGGGGAGCAACAGGUUAUUACAACAGCUGAAGUUCCUCCUGCCAAUCAACCUGCACCAACUCUUGGGUUCACAAAUGCGACAGCAGUGGAGCUGCAGUGGAAACCACCAAUUGAUCCAAAUGGUGCCAUUAUAAGGUAUGAUAUUGUAAGGCGAUCGGUAGCGAUACAGUUAAGAAAGAAAAGAGCUAUAGAUGAUCCUGUAUACACAGAUAGUCGGGUUGUGUAUUCUGAAUUUGACACAGAGUCGGAAGAUUAUAGCUAUCUGGAUUCAAAUUUACAACCAUACACACACUAUGAGUACAAGAUACGAGCAGUCAAUUCAAAAGGAUUUACCGACAGUGAUUGGGUUGUUAUGGAAACAGGCCAAGCACCUCCAAGCGGUGUUGAUCCACCACGGGUUGAGUACGUUACCAAUUAUCCAACAAAACUGAAAGUGAGCUGGUCAGCGCCUGCACAGAGUAACGGAAUUCUCCAACCAUACUUAAUACAAAGAAACACCAGUACACCAUUUAGCUUUCCUACUGACGCUCCUAAGGAGUUCAUUGACACUAAUCUUCAAGCUUACACGGUAUAUAUGUACACUGUUACAGCAUGCAAUUCUGGUGGUUGUACCACUAGCAAUCCAACCAUAGUGACAACAUUGGAGUCUUCACCUGGUGUUGUUUCUCCACCGGAGCUUACACCGUACAGUUCUACGGCCAUUCAGGUGAAGUGGACCAAACCACCAAUCAGUUUUGGUGAAAUUAGUCGCUAUGAAAUCGAAGUGGAUGGAGAAUUACGAUACACCGGAUUGUCACUUCAGACAUUAAUCAUGGAAUUGACACCGUAUCAGGAGUACGAGUUUGUCUUGGUUGCAUGUACAAGUGGUGGAUGUUCAAGGAGUGAACCUGUCUUUGGACGACCGCUGGAAGCACCACCAGAGAAUAUGGAGGCACCGUUGUUAUUGGUGAUCAGUGCACGGGCGAUUGAAAUCACAUGGAGUGAACCUUUGAAUCCCAAUGGUGAAAUCAACUUGUAUGAACUCAGACGUGACAGUCAGUUGAUUUAUCAAGGCCAAGGAAUACGGUAUCAGGACUUUGGAGAAAAUGGGAGGGGGCUCACACCGGGACGGGAGUAUGCAUAUGUCGUUACAGCUUUCAAUAAUGAAGGCAGUGCAGUCAGCCCACCAGCAAGGGCAAGCACUGAUCAAUCAAGUCCUGAUGGUGUACAAUUAGACAGUGUUGUAGCAGAGUCUUCGGAAUCCAUACGGGCAUCAUGGUCUCAGCCUUUGUUUCCAAAUGGUGAAAUUAUUGAAUAUAACUUAUAUGUUGACCAAGAAUUGGUGUUCUCAGCUCUAGAGUACAGUAAAGUUGUUUAUGGUUUAGCGCCGUACACAGAAUAUGAAUUCCGUCUUCAAGCUUGCACUGAAUUAGGAUGUGCAUUUAGUGACAGAGAAAUGGUGUACACACUCCAAGAUGAACCUACGGACCAAGGAUCACCGUUAUUAUCGCCACUUGACAAUGGCGUUCACGUUAAAUGGUAUCUGCCACAACAACCGAAUGGUGUUAUUCUUGGCUAUGAACUGAAGCGUAGACACUAUGAGACAUACACAGGACAUACAAAUGGUCUUGUCUCGGUUGUCAAUACAACUGACCUGGAAUAUAAUGAUAUGGAUCCAUCAUUACAGCCAAGCUAUGAGUAUGAAUAUCAGGUCAUCUCGUACAAUAGCAUUGGUAGAGCUCCAAGUUCAUGGUCACGAAUCAAGAUGCCUGAUGCACCUCCAGAGGGCAUGUUGCCGCCAAUAAUAUCUGAUAUCCAUGCUUAUCAGUUGACAUUGACAAUACAAGAACCUCUGGAAAGCAACGGUAUUAUCAUCGGUUACACAAUUAACAGAAUGAACUGUUUUGAGCUUCUAGGUCGAGAGAGUUGUCCCACCGUGUCACAGCCUGUAGAUGUGGUGUGUGUUGAAGGUGACUUUGAGGUGUACUACACUGAUAUAGACUUAGUGAUGGAGUUCAAUGCGACUAGUUUACAGCCAUAUACUGAGUAUGAUUGGAAAGUGAUUGUAUACAACGUGGCAGGUUUUGCUGAAUCUUCCAUCACUACCGGUCAGACUUAUGCAAGAUUGCCUGAUUACGUGCGACAACCGAGUAUAGUGUCUAAUAGUAGCAUAAUCAUUGUGGAUUGGAGCCAGUCUUUUAGACUGAAUGGUAAAUUGGUGGAGUAUACUUUAACUGAAAAUGCUGCCAAAGUGUACAGUGGUCAUGCUACUAAAGUGGAUAGACCCAACAGUCAAUCAGCAUAUGAAUUUGUUGUGUCAGUGAGAACCACACAUGGAGAGGCGUCGUCUCCACUUAUACUGUAUGAACCAUCAACAUUUGGUGGUGGUAGUGGCGGUGAUGGCGGCACAUAUGAAGCACAGUCAGAUGUUCUAUGGUACCAGUCUGUCUGGUUUAUUGCACUUAUUGUGCUCUUGGUGUUAUUGUUAUUAUUUGUUAUCAUUGCCGUCUUCUUGCAUAAAAGUGGUCCAAAGCAACCGUAUGAACGACAGAGACCACCUCUACCUCCAAGACAGAAAAGAGGAAACUAUUUAUUUAAUGCAUGUGGAUAUGCACCCAGUGAAAGUGUUAUGGAUCCAAUACCACAGGCACCCAGUCAUGUCACGAGUCAUCCAAGUGUUACACACAUCAGCCACAAAUCAGCUGGUCCUAAUAAUGUGUACAUACCGACAGUACUCACAAUGCCCGUACAUGGCAGUACAAUGCAUUUAAUUGACGAUAAAGCGUCUUUAAAAUACAAAGAAGAAGAAGAUGGCAUUUGGGAUCAUCAUAUACCGUUAACAGAGAACGGCAUUGCUAGUUUAGCGUAUGAAAUGGAUGAUGACGAUGACACAAUGACCCAUGAAAGUCGUCCUUACAGCAUUACAAAAGAACAGACUAUGUUUACAGAUACUCAUCUCUAGUGCUUCUCAAAACAAAACAAAAAUAUCACCUUGAAAAUUUUUACUUUUUUGUAUGUCUUGAUUAUUUCAUAAUACCGUAGAUCAUCUUUUGAGGGGUUCCUCUGUAUUUCCCGCCUGAUUAAAUGGGAAUUUGAGUACCAAGAAAUGCCUGCCAAGUUCAGAUGCUUUGUGAAAGUCUCACAUUGAAUCAGUAAUUAAAUGUUACAUCAGAAAAUCAUGUCACUGAC